UCAAAUUUCAAAUCCCUAAUCUCUUCGACAUUUUUAUUCGAUUAUACAUAUAUACCUACAUAUUUGGUAUCUGUAAUUCGCAUCGUACACUUUAGCCUUGUUGAUUUCUUGUUCUUGGGCUUCAAAACCCUAGUUUCACUGACAGCCCUCAGAAACCCUAGUUUCCGUUUCUCGAACUACCAACAACUGGGUUUUGCAUGUUUCGAACUUGAUUUGGGGUUUUUUUCGUAAAGCUUCUGUUUGAUUUCAAAGGUUUCUUUCUUUGAAGAUAUAAUGUCGUUCAAGUUACUCAAUGUGGGAUACAGUAUGCGGGUCAUAGUCUGGAGAAAUGCAAAGGUAUCAUGCUACCAACUGCACUAGUGCAGUCAAUAACAGUGCAGUUGGUGGCUCAUUAGGCAGGGAUACUUCCCGAGCCGAGUCUUCUGCCCUUCCAGCUAACUUUCCUUUAAAUCGGCGCCCUUCACAGCUUGCACCAUACAAGUUGAGGUGUGAGAAAGAUCCCCUGAAUUCAAGGCUUCCACCACCUGACUUUCACCCCCCGACUACAAAUUGCCCAGAGGAGACACUUACAAAGGACUAUGUGCUGGGCGGAUACAGAGAGACAGUUGAGGGGCUUGAGGAGUCCAGAGAGAUAACUUUAUCACAGAUUCCAACUUUCACAAAGCCUGUUAUCAUAAAAUGCAAGGAGGCAAUCAGAAAAUAUCACCGAGCAAUAAAUGAAUCCCGUGCUCAGAAACGCAAGGCUGGUCAAGUUUAUGGAGUCCCUCUUGCUGGUAAUUUGUUGAGUAAGUCUGGUGUUUUUCCAGAACAGAAAGCCACUGGAGAAGAUUUUCGGAAGAAAUGGAUCGAGGGCUUGUCCCAACAGCAUAAACGUUUGCGGUCAUUGGCCGAUCACGUUCCUCAAGGUUAUAGAAGGAAAUCACCUUUUGAAGUUCUUAUCAGAAACAAUGUACCACUACUGAGGGCAACUUGGUUUAUCAAAGUAACAUAUCUUAAUCUGGUUCGGCCGGGGUCUUCCAGUACUUCUUCUGGAUCACUUGACAAAACUCGUUUUUCCCGCUCAGACCAGUGGACAAAAGAUGUUAUCGAGUACUUACAGUAUCUCCUGGAUGAAUUUGUCUCAAAAAACAAUUCUCAUUCUACCAUGCACUCUAAGGACCGAUCACCCCAGUUCGCUUAUGCUGGGUCAAUGCAGCACAAGAGUGAUUCGGUUAUGGCACUUGUUGAUGGUGAGGAGCCAUCCUUACACUUCAAAUGGUGGUAUGUGGUGAGAAUCAUACAGUGGCACCAUGCUGAGGGGUUGCUUCUGCCUUCUUUAAUCAUCGAUUGGGUUCUGAAUCAGUUGCAGGAGAAGGAGUUACUUGGGAUAUUGCAAUUGCUGUUGCCCAUCAUAUAUGGUGUUAUAGAAACCAUUGUCUUAUCUCAGAAUUAUGUCCGUACACUUGUGGGAAUAGCUGUUCGUUUUAUCCAGGAACCUUCUCCAGGCGGUUCAGAUCUUGUGGAUAACUCUAGGAGAGCAUACACUAUCUCUGCUAUGGUUGAGAUUCUUCGAUAUUUAAUACUUGCUGUGCCUGAUACUUUUGUUGCCUUGAAUUGUUUUCCUCUGCCAUCUUGUGUGGUUUCAAGUGCAGCAAAUGAUGGUAGUUUAAUAACAAGGGUAAGUGGGGAAGGUGGGAAGUUAAAAGGUGGUUCAUUAGAAGCUGCUUGUAUGCUGAAUGAUAAAGGGCUUGAGGUUCAGGGCCGUUCUUUGUCCAUUGAUUCCGUAGUUUCUUCAAUUCAGAAAUGUGCAGUCAAUCUUGCAAGGGCUGCAAGUCCUGGCCAUCCAGGUCAUAAUGUGGCAAAAGCCGCAAAUGAAUUAGAUAGAGCUCUUAUACAUGGAGAUAUUACUAUUGCCUACAAGUGUAUGUUUGAGGAUUUCUGUGAUGAAGCCGUUGAUAAAAGGUGGAUAGCAGAGGUCAGCUCGUAUCUACGGUCUUCUCUUAAAUGGCUUGGUGCAAUGAGAUCUUCAUUUGUGUGUUCCAUAUUUUUUGUUUGUGAGUGGGCAACAUGUGACUUCAGGGAUUUUCGCACUAGCCCCCCUCAUGGUGUUAAGUUCAGUGGGAAAAGAGACUUUUCUCAGAUAUAUGUUGCUACUCGACUUUUAGAGAUGAAAAUGAGAAACAUGCGAAGUUCACGCAAAAGUGGCAGAACGUCUGCGGUUGAUGUCUCUAUGAAACAUCAUGGUCUGGCAAAUAAUAUUGAAGUUGAAAGCAAGUCGAAAGUUGCCCAUAAAAAAAUCAAAGAUCUGUCGCAAUUCUUUCAGAGUCCAGGCCCUUUACAUGAUAUCAUUGUGUGUUGGCUUGAUCAACACCAAACCCAAAAUGGAGAAGGUUUUAAGCGUGUUCAGCUACUCAUAACUGAACUUAUUCGAUCUGGCAUUUUUUAUCCUCAAGCAUAUGUGAGGGAGCUUAUUGUUAGUGGAAUCAUGGGUAAGAAUGACUCCAUGGUUGAUAUGGACAGGAGGAGGAGACACUAUAAACUCCUAAAGCAUCUUCCUGGUCCAUAUAUUCAAGAUGCACUGGAGGAAGCACAAAUUGCCGAAGUGUCCCUUAUCUCUGAAGCCAUGCAUAUAUACUCGAAUGAACGGCGUCUCUUGCUUCAUGAACUUCUUGACCAUCCAAAAAAUAUCAUCAUUGCAAAUAGCUCCUUGCAGAAGCAAAAGAACCAUCAAAAGUUUGGUAAAGAUGGCUCUUUAGCACCCUCUAGGGAUCAGUGGAAGAUACCAUCUCCAGCAUCUGAUUCCUUGUCCAGCAAAAAUGUCAAUAGAACUUCAAAACUUGAAGAACUAAUGACUUCUAUUUCGGUGCUGCUUCACUUCCCAAACUCCAAUUCUACCACUGCUGGGAAUGGUUUUGAUGAGUCUCAGGCCGUUAAAAGGCCCAUUGGGCCAAUGGUUAUUAGAAGCGAUCCUGGUGAAGGAACACCUGGAUGUGAAGAAUGCAGGAGAGCUAAGAGACAAAAGGUAAUUGAAGAAAAGAGUCCAUACCUUCAGGGGCAAUCAUUAAAUCUAUCUGAUGAUGAGGACAUUUGGUGGGUUAGAAAGGGUCUCAAAUCCUUGGAAUCUUUUAGAGCUGAUCCACCUAUUAAACCCGUGAAGCAAGCCUCAAGAGGGAGACAAAAAAUUGUGCGCAAAACUCAAAGUCUUGCUCAGUUAGCAGCUGCCAGGAUCGAAGGUAGCCAGGGAGCAUCCACUAGUCAUGUAUGCGAUAGUAGAGUAAGCUGUCCUCACCACAGAAAUGGUAGCGAUAAUGAUGUUCCUAAGACAACGGAUUCCGUUAAAACAUCCCAUUCUGGAGACAUUUCUUCAAUUGGAAAAAUUCUAAAGCGGAUGCCAUUAGAUGAGAAGAGGGCCAUUGUGGUGUGGUUGAUGGGUAUUGUGAAACAGCUUGUUGACGAGGCUGGAAAAAUCACCGAGACUGUCCCAAAAGUUGGCCAGUAUGGGAGGAGUUUCCCUCCUGUUGAUGAUAGGGGCUUGGCUAGAUGGAAGCUUGGUGAAGAUGAAUUAUCCACUAUAUUAUACUUGAUGGAUGUUUGUGAUGAUUUAGUUAAUGCAGCCAGGUUUCUUGUUUGGUUGUUGCCUAAGGUUCCUAUCAACCCCAUUCCUACAGUUCAUGGUGGGAGGAACGUUAUGAUUGUACCAAGGAAUGUUGAAAAUCAAUUGUGUGCUGUUGCGGAAGCAUAUAUUUUAUCAUCUCUCAGAAGGUAUGAGAACAUACUUGCUGCAGCUGAUCUUAUUCCUGAAACAUUGUCCGCCAUGAUGCAUCGUGCUUCGGUAGUUAUGGCCUCCAAUGGAAGGGUUUCUGGUUCAGCAGCUUUAGUCUUCUCUCGUCAGAUGUUAAAGAAGUAUGGGCAUGUGGUGAGUGUUGUUGAAUGGGUGAAGAAUUUCAAGUCGACAUCUGAUAAAAGACUCGUUAUGGAACUUGAAUCUGGAAGAUCGUCAGAUGGGGAAUUUGGUUUCCCACUUGGCGUUCCUGCAGGAGUUCAAGAUUUUGAUGAGUUCUUACGUCAAAAGAUAAGCGGUGUUCGUAUAUCCAGGGUUGGUUUGGGCAUGAGGGAUACCGUCCAAAGACUUGUUGAUGAGGCCAUUCCAUCUUUCUAUGGCCAAGAUAAGAAGUCUUUUGCAGGUGGCUCGAUGAAAAGAGGCACCGUUGAAAAAUCUGAUGAUGGGUACCAGAUAGCUCAGCAGGUGGUCAAAGGGCUAUUGGAUUGCAUGAGACAAACUGGUGGUGCCGCCCAAGAAGGCGACCCCACUUUGGUGGCGUUUGCUGUUUCUGCAAUUGUUAGUAAUGUUGGCCAGGUGAUCGCUAAAAUUCCAGAUAUAACCGCCAAUACCACUGCUUCAAGCUUGAACUUUGCGAAACAGAUCUUGCGGAUUCAUCUUACAUCCCUGUCUUUACUAAAAGAUGCACUUGGCGAACGUCAAAGCCGGGUAUUUGAGAUAGCUCUUGCAACAGAAGCUUCUUCUGCUCUUGCUCAAGUUUUCUCCCCAGCAAAGGCUUCUCGUGGUCAAUUACAACUUUCCCCUGAAUCCCGUGAUUCCAAUGCAAUUGAUAAUCCAAACAGUGCUGGAAAGACGACGUUUUCUAAGGCCGCCAAAACAACCGGUGCAAUAUCAGCUCUUGUUGUUGGGGCUGUUCUCCAGGGUAUCGCUAGUCUUGAAAGGAUGGUAACAGUUUUCAGAUUAAAAGAAGGGCUAAACGUGAUUCAGUAUGUAAGGAGCACAAGGUCGAACUCAAAUGGGAAUGUACGGUCUAUAGGGGAUUUAAAGAUGGAUAGCUUGGUUGAAGUUUCGGUUCAUUGGUUUAGAGUCCUUGUUGGAAACUGUAGAAGUGUUUCUGAAGGAUUUAUCGUGGAGCUUUUGGGCGAAUCUUCCAUUGUAGCUCUGUCAAGAAUCCAACGGAUGCUUCCUAUUAACCUCGUCUUUCCACCGGCCUUUGCUAUUUUUGGAUUUCUGGUAUGGAGGCGAUUCAUUCUUAAUGCCAGUGUUGUACCCCGUGACAACAUUCCUCAGUUGUUUCAAUCUUUAACACUGGCUAUCGGCGAUGCCAUAAAGCAUUUACCUUUCCGUGACGUGUGUCUCAGAGAAUGUGCUACCUUAUAUGAUAUCGUGGCUGCAGAUUCUACCGACUCUGAGUUUGCAAUGAUGCUGGACUUGAAUGGACCAGAUCCCCAUUCAAAACUUACGGCUUUUGUACCAUUACGUGCCAGAAUCUUUCUAAAUGCCAUUAUCGAUUGCCAAUUGCCGCUUGAAAUUGUUAACCAGGAUGACGGGAAUUGGGCAUCUGGGCAUUCCGAGUUAAAGGCCCUUCAUGUGGAAAACGAAACAAAGCUUCUUGAUAAGCUUGUACAUAUUCUGGACACUUUGCAGCCUGCAAAAUUUCAUUGGCAAUGGGUCGAGCUCAGACUAUUAUUGAACGAGCAAGCCGUAAUAGAAAAAGUAGAUUCCCGCGACAUUUCCUUGGCCGAAGCUUUAAGAUCGUUUUCCCCAAAUAACGACAACGGGGGUACCUCCGAGAAUGAAAAUAACUUCAUUCAGAUGGUUCUAACGAGACUACUGGUCAGACCAGAUGCUGCUCCUCUCUUCUCGGAGGUGGUGCACCUUUUAGGGAGGUCACUAGAGGAUGAAGUGUUGUUGCAGGCAAAAUGGUUCCUCAGAGGCCACGAUGUUCUUUUCGGUCGAAAAUCCAUUCGGCAACGGUUGAUUAAUAUUGCUGAGAGCAAAGGUCUGUCAACUAAGACUCAAUUUUGGAAACCAUGGGGGUGGUGUAUUCCAUCUUCAGAAGGUCCUGCAAGAAAGGGGAUUAAGCGGAAAUUCGAGAUGGCAUCCCUUGAAGAAGGUGAAGUAGUUGAUGAUGGAACCGACUCAAAACGACAUUCUAGAACAUUCACCCCAGUUUCGGAUGUUGAAGCCUUCAUAGUCGGUCAACAGCAUGUAACCGAGAAAGCGUUGGUGGAAUUACUUCUUCCGUGCAUCGACCAGAGUUCUGAUGACUCACGUAUUACCUUUGCUAGUGAUUUGAUUAAACAGAUGAAUGAAAUAGAACAGCAGAUAAGUACGGUUACUCAUGGAGGAGCUAAACAGGCGGGAACUGUUGCUUCGGGAAUCGAAGGUCCAGUGAGCAAAGUGAACACCCGCAAGGGUAUGAGAGGCGGUAGUCCUGGAUUAGCCAGACGUCCCGCUACCCCAGUUGAAUUGAUGCUGCCUUCCCCUUCGGCAUUGCGUGCUUCGAUGUCGUUGCGUCUGCAGCUACUCCUAAGACUGCUCCCUGUAAUCUGUGCUGAUGGGGAGUCAUCUGUCCGUAACAUGAGGCACAUGCUUGCUUCAGUGGUUCUUCGUCUUCUUGGAAGUAGGGUUGUCAAUGAGGAUGCUGAUCUUUCUAACCCGGCUUCAAGAUUUUCCGUCAAGAGAGAGGUGGAGUCUAUGAUCGAGUCUUCUGCUACCGUUGAUCUGGGUGAAAGUCUUUUUGAUCGUCUAUUAUUGGUGCUACACGCCCUUUUGAGCAGCAGCCAGCCAUACUGGCUGAGGUCAAAGUUUCCGUCAAAGUCCACCGCCGAAGGAACAAGGGACUCGACUCUAUAUGAUCGUGAAGUUGCAGAAAGCUUGCAGAAUGAGUUGGACGGCAUGCAACUACCUGACACAAUCCGAUGGCGGAUUCAGACCGCAAUGCCAUUUGUUUUCCCUUCCGUUAGAUUCUCGAUCUCUUGCCAGCCGCCGUCUGUCCCCCUUUCGGCCAUCAGUUCUCUUCAGCCUCCUACCAUAUCAGUUCCUGGCCCACAUCUUCGAUCUAAUCCAUCACGCACCACCUCAAACGGGCCUGGAAAAGCCACAAAGCCCGUCUUCUCUUCACAACCUGAUUCCGAUAUGGAGAUCGAUCCAUGGACCCUUUUAGAAGAUGGAGCUGGAUCCGGCCCGUCUUCCAUUAAUGCAGCCGCAAUCGCAGGAAGUGAUCACGCUAAUCUGAAGGCGUCGAGCUGGCUCAAAGGUGCAGUAAGGGUGAGGAGGAUGGAUCUGACUUAUAUCGGUGCCAUAGAUGACGACAGCUGAUUACAAACCUGUUUGUUUCGUUACCAAAAGUCAAAGUCAAAACCAAAGUGAAAGUCAAAGUCAAACCCCGGCUUCAGGUAAUUGUUUUUAACAUUUUGGGGUCGGGGGCAGCCUCCCCCUGCCCCCCGGCAAUGAGCAAAGUUUUGGGGUUUGAUCAUAUUCUUUUUGAGGGCAUGGGUAGUCGGGGGGAUCUAUAACAAACACACAUUUCCUUUUGGCUCGAUCAAUGACUAACCCGUUGAACCAUAGUGGCUCAGUCGGUUUCUGGACCGAAUGGUUCGGAGAUUUGUUGUAUAUAUAGGAGGGAGGGAUGUCCAUUUGGUUUUUCACCAUCCUAGUGAGCAAAUAUGUCUAAAAGUGGUCUGUUUUUAGGAUUCUUGAGCUGAAAGAAGCUCUUUUAAUCACAAAAUUUGUGUAUUAUUGUUUGCUCAUGGGGAAGAAGUUAGAAUUAUGGUUGAAUCUUAGAGUAAUAAACUUAUAGAGACUUGUAUCUCAUGUAGUCAAAGUUGUACCUUGCUUUGGAUUUGACUUUUUCUGCUCUA